CUUCAGGAAAGACAAUUUGGAAAGACCGAGCCUUCUCCCUGACAACCUCUCUCGCCCCAGUCAGCGACUCCGGCGAUUUCCGGCGACGUGACAUAGACAGGCGGAAAACCACAAGAGAGAGAAAACCGGAAGCUCUCAAACACUGCAAUGGCGGCGACUUCUGGGGCUUCAACACCGCCAUACCCAAGUGCCGCGAGGAUCGCGGAUUCUCCCUGUUACCCUCAGUAUACAGCUUCUCUCAAGUGUCUUGAAGAGUUCCGAUCUGACAAGAGCAAGUGCCAGGAACAUUUUGAUGUCUAUAAGGAAUGCAAGAAAAAGGAGAGGGAAGCACGGCUGGAGCGUAACAGAAAUCGAUCCUUCUUCUCAUGAAUUUCGCUUCUGUCAUAUACUUGAAGCUGGUUUACUGAAUUUUAGAUGUUGAGGUUUAUUCCAUUUAUAUUCUAAAUGAAGCAGAGUAAAGAUUCAGAUGACGUCCUAUGAUGGCAUGUAUUCUCAAACAGAGGGUUUUCUCUAAAUAAGUGUUCGGGUCAUUGGAGCUCCUCAUUUUCUUUUUCUAGUUCUCCGUGUGGUGAUAUUGUAAGCAUUCCUUUGUUUGUAGCAUACAUGCUGGAAUCACUCUGUUAUUACCUCUAUAGGUUUAGAUGUUUUCCAGAUGA